AUGUCCAUCUCUGGAUUUGGGAAAGCUCAAAUAUUGAUUUCUUCUUCCCCACCCAAUUUGGAAGAUGAAACUCUGGGAAGAUUUCUAAAAACACUGACUGUUCUUACUGUCGACAGGCUGUCUAUAAUUUAUGUUGCUCUAACCUCUCAGGAAACUCUAUUCUUUGGGAUGUUUGCUUCUUGUCUUUAAUGAGGGAUGUCUGUUGAAUAUCAUGUGAGAUAAAGGUUCUUAUUUUAAUAAUAUAAUGUUCUUUAUAUGCUGACAUAGAAUGCUUGAUUUUGACAGAGAAU